CCUUGUAUUAUGCACAGUGGGUGAUAAACAUAUCUCCAUAGGCCAAUAUAUUGACACGGCAAUGUGCAUAUUGCUACAUUGUUGCAUGCGAAUUCUGUUUUGAGUGUUCAAUGGUAUUGUUUUCGCGCGAGUUCGUGUAGAUUGCUCUCGUGCUAUGAUUCAGGUCAACAUGGACGACUCGUCAUUCCAUCUCGACAGCUCUGGGGGGGGAAAGAACCCCCUUAGCACCAUCAUGUGAAACGGGAUCUGCUGAUGGCAUAGUGAACGGCUCUGUUGACAAGGAACCCGCUGGUUCCACUGCCUUCUCCCAGCCUGAAAAUGAGUGAGCCUACCACUACAGAACCCCCUAGCGAUGUGACCCCCAUUGUUACUACUGGUGUUACCACUGAAGGUGUAGAUCAACCUUCUACUAAUGCAAACGAGCCCCCCAAGGAAGAGGUCAAGUUGGCAGCAACAGCAGGGAAGAAACAGACCAAGAAGAAGGUGGAGGAGGUGGUAGAGGAAGAGGAGGAGGAAUAUGUGGUGGAGAAGGUGCUGGACCGACGGGUGGUAAAGGGACGCGUGGAGUUUCUGCUCAAAUGGAAAGGCUUCUCAGAUGAGGACAAUACAUGGGAACCACAGGACAACCUGGAUUGCCCUGACCUGAUUGCGGAGUACAUGCAGAAUCAUCAUAACAAAAAAGAAAGCUGCAAGAAAGAGUCUGGUGGCAAGAGGAAAGCUGGCGAGUCUGACACAGAGGCAGGGGGUGAAGAAGGCAGGCCCAAGAAGAGGAAAGAUGAGGCAGAGAAGCCCAGAGGCUUUGCUCGUGGUCUUGACCCCGAACGGAUCAUUGGAGCCACGGACUCCAGUGGAGAGCUGAUGUUCCUCAUGAAAUGGAAGAACAGUGAUGAGGCUGACCUGGUGCCGGCCAAGGAGGCCAACAUUAAAUGUCCACAGGUGGUCAUCUCCUUCUAUGAGGAGCGCCUGACAUGGCACUCCUACCCCACCGAGGAGGAAGAGAAGAAGGAUGAUAAGAACUAGCCACAGGUCCAGGAUGAACGGGGGUACAGAGGGUGGGGUUUACAGUGGAGGGUGUCGGAUAGAGAAGCUGAUUUGUUUCAAAACCUUUCUGCAAACCCGGACUGUUACAACUAAAACAGAGGUUGACAGAUGGGUAGGGAUGAUACAACUUGGCAAGGAGGUGAGGUGGGGGGGGGGGGCAUGGGUAAAUACAACUCCUAAGUCUCAAGAUCACUUUAUCAGGCCUCACUUUUGGGUCUCAUCAGCUAGAAUCAUGGGAUAAGUAGUUUUCAGUCCCUGAGCACUGAAUUGCUUCAAAAUCACCAGCUCCUCAUACUGUAGUUUCGCCUCUGAAAAGCUUUUGUCAAGAUACACUUUUGAGUUAGCGAGGUAUCACUAAAGCAGCUGAGUUUACAAAAUGGAAUGGUCAGAUUCCAAAACACGACCCAGCUUAAAGUUCUCAGCUAAUUCAAUUGAAAUAGCCAAUCUUAAUUUCCAUUUUUUUUGCGUGAAAUGUUGAAGUUGAUUUCUUGUCAGAACAUUAUCUUGUACCGACACAUCCCUCAUUGAGCAACUCGCAGUGCUUUUUGUUUGUCUUUCUACUUUUUAAGAAACCUGUUUUAAGUGUUGGCACCUGCCUUCCCUUGCCAUAUCAUUAUCAUAUAAUGUGUAAAUAGUCGUGGUUAUAUUUGGUUAGUUUUAAUUGGUUAUGAGAGCGAUCUAAGAAGGAUUUUAUUUUAGAUUUUUUUGGGAUGUUCAGACUAGAGAUAACCUAGAUCCUGGUCUUUAAGUGUUACGCAUAGGAGGUGUAUAGAGUUGUGAACAAUGGUAUGGAGCAGGGUUUCCAUUAGGAAAACGUGGUGCUGAACAUUUGACUGGCAGCAUUUUAAUUGACCAGACAUUUGAGACUUUUCCCCGACCCAUAUGCAUUGUGUGUGUGUGUGACCUGAUUAGGGCGUACAGCCACGGCACUCAGAAUGACAGCUUACAUUUUAGAUGAUGGUAAUUAGUUACCGAAUUCCGAUGCGCACUUUGAAGAAGUUAGAAUAACUGUCCACAUUUACUUUUCCUCAGCCAACAAGAUGAGUAACAAACAGCAAAAAUCAGUAAAAAACAAGUAAUUUUUCCAACAAUUGUUUACAGACAGAUUUAUUUCACUUAUAAUUCACUGUAUCACAAUUCCAGUGGGUUAGAAGUUUACAUAUACUAAAUUGACUGUGCCUUUAAACAGCUUGGAAAAUUGCAGAAGAUUAUGUAGUGACUUUAGAAGCUUCUGAUAGGCUAAUUGACAUAAUUUGAGUCAAUUGGAGGUGUACCUGUGGAUGUAGUUCAAGGCCUACCUUCUAACUCAGUGACUCCUUGCUUAACGUCAUGGGAAAAUCAAAAGAAAUCAGCAAAGACCUCAGAAAAGAAAUUGUAGUCCUCCACAAGUCUGGUUCAUCCUUGGGAACAAUUUCCAAAUGCCUGAAGGUACCACGUUUAUCUGUACAAACAAUAGUAUGCAAGUAUAAACACCAUGGGAUCACGCAGCCGUCAUACCGCUCAGGAAGGAGAUGUGCUCUGUCUCCUAGAGAUGAACGUACUUUGGUGCGAAAAGUGAAAAUCAAUCCCAGAACAACAGCAAAGGACCUUGUGAAGAUGCUGGAGGAAACGGGUACAAAAGUAUCUAUAUCCACAGUAAAACAAGUCUUAUUUCAACAUAACAUGAAAGGCCGCUCAGCAAGGAAGAAGACACUGCUCCAAAACUGCCAUAAAAAAAGGCAGACUACGGUUUGCAACUGCACAUGGGGACAAAUAUCGUACUUUUUGGAGAAAUGUCCUCUGGUCUGGUGAAACAAAAAUAGAACUGUUUGGCCAUAAUGACCAUUGUUAUGUUUGGAGGAAUAAGGGGGAGGCUUGCAAGCCAAAGAACAGCAUCCCAACUGUGAAGCACAGUGGUGGCAGCAUCAUGUUGUGGGGUGCUUUGCUGCAGGAGGGACUGGUGCUCUUCACAAAAUAGAUGUCAUCAUGAGGAAAGAAAAUUAUGUGGAUAUAUUGAAGCAACAUCUCAGGAAGUUAAAGCUUGGUCUUCCAAAUGGACAAUGACCCCAAGCAUACCUCCAAAGUUGUGGCAAAAUGGCUUAAGGACAACAAGUCAAGGUAUUGGGAUGGCCAUCACAAAGCCCUGACCUCAAUCCUAUAGAAAAUCUGUGGGCAGAACUGAAAAACUGUGUGCGAGCAAGGAGGCCUACAAACCUGACUCAGUUACACCAGCUGUCAGGAGGAAUGGGGCAAAAUGCAGCUAACUUAUUGUGGGAAGCCUGCCCGAAACGUUUGACCCAAGUUAAACCAUUUAAAGGCAAUGCUACCAAAUACUAAUUGAGUGUAUGUAAACGUCUGACCCACUGGGAAUGCGAUGAAAUUAAUGAAAGCUGAAAUAUAAAUCAUUCUUUCUAUUAUUAUUAUUAUGACAUUUCACAUUCUUAAAAUAAGGUGGUGAUCCUAACCAAACUAAGACAGGACAUUUUUACUGGGAUUACAUGUCAGGAAUUGUGAAAAAACGGAGUUUAAAUGUAUUUGGCUAAGGUGUAUGUAAACUUCCGACUUCAACUGUACAUGACAGUAGCUCUCCAGGAACAGGAGAAUGCCCUGGUCUAUGCAUGUGCACUUCUGUUUGACUAAAUCCCUGUUUUAAAUGCAGAUGACGGGUCCUUAGGUAGUCUAUAUUGUGAUUCAAAGUAAAUACAACGGUUUUAUGGUGGUCUGUAAAGUAAAUCUAUCCAAGGUGUUAGCAGCCAUGAAAUAUAGAUCAAUCUAGCAAUUUAUUCAUCUCACACAACUGACAAACUGAAAUCGCAAGACCAGAUCAAGACGACCUCUCCAAGCUAAUUCUACUUUCAGACUUUACCUUUGAGCGCUGAUGUUAAUUCUCGGCGUGUCUGGAUCUGUUAUAUUAAAAUGAGCUGCCAAUUAAAGAUCUGACACCCUCAGAGGUGGGUUGGGUUAUAUUCAAGUUUGGUUUGUGGGGCUUUGCUACCUCUCCAUUAAUUGAAGAAUUGUUCACUGCUCUAUUGCAUCUGAAUAUCCCUCUUCUGGCAUCUUUUAAAUCCUACAUUGUUAAAGUAAUGAAUUUAAUUGAUUCAUCACGGCUAACAAUAGCUUGUAUGAAAAAUUGUUAAUCGAUUUAACCGAUUUAAUGGUGACUAACAUUUAAAUGUUUAGGUACUGAAGUCAACCACUGUUACCAGGGGUUCUACAGCCCUGGUAUAGAGCCUGUUGCCUUGGAUUGAUUUUUCAUUGGUAUUUUACUGCUCAUUUUAACAUGACACGUCUAAGAAGGCUGUAUAUCUUUUCUAAUAUACCAGACCGGAAGAUUUCUAUAUAUAUAUAUGUGUAUAUAUAUAUAUAUAUAUAUGUGUGUGUGUGUAUGUAUGUAUGUAUGUAUGUAUGUAUGUAUGUAUGUAUAUAUAUAUAUAUAU